AUGGCGCGGGAGUUGAGCCAAGAGGCCGUGCUGGACUUCCUCUGGGGAGCCGGUGGCCGAGCCCCCAACACGGCGCUACUCCGCCACUUUCAGCGCUUCCUCCGCGACCCGGCGCUGACGGAGCAGCAGCGGCAGGAGCGCCGCGAGUACUUCAAGAGCCUCGUCAAUUCCCUGGCCACCGUCCGGCCCGCCGCCGCCCCCGGCGCCUCCAAGGACAUCGUCCUUCGCCGCAGGUACCGCGACCUCCUCGAUGAGGAGCUGCCGCCGCCGGAGGAGCAGGAGCAGCGGGAGAAAGAGAAGGACCCGCCGCCGCCCCCGCGACACGACCCCGACCGGCGGCGCGGCCCCUGCGGGGAGGCGGGGGAAAAGCGGCGGCCCGGUGGAGGGCAGCCCCCGGGGGCCGCCGUCGCGGGGGGCUGCUCUGCCCGGGGCCGCGGCGGACCCUGCUGCGAGUGCCGCCGGGCGCUCCGCGCUGCUGCUGCUGCCGCGCCGCCCCCAGGAGCGCCUGCCCCUGCCGUGCCGCCGCACUCCCGCUCCCAGCCGCCUCCCCCUGCUCAGCCGCCCCCGUACCGGACCCGGCCGCUGUCCUCGGGCCCCUGGGCGCUGCAUCCCGACGGACCACCGCGCUCCCGGCCCCCGGCGCUGCCGUCGGGUUCUGGGGAGCUAACCCCCAUCAGGCCGUCCCGGUGCCGAUCGCCGCCGCCGCCGCCCGCCGGGCCGCCCCCAUACCAGACCCUGCAGCAGCCCGUGGUUAGACCGUCUCAGUCCCCGUCCCCCCCGCUGCUUCCUGCCGGGUCAGCCCCGUUCCGGUCCUUGCCACCUAGAGAGCCACCGCCUACCCAGUCCCUGCCACUGCCACCGGGACCCGGGGUGCUGCCUCCCGGCAGGCUGCUGCAGCCCCGGUCUCCGCCACAGCCUCCUGCCGGGACGCCCCUGCCUAAGGCCCCCUCACCCUCAGGUGACCCAGGGGAGCAGCCCACCAUCCGGCCACUCCAGUUCUCACUGCUGCCAUGGGACCCCAGGGUAGUAUCCCCCACCAAGCCACCCCCAUCCCGGUCCCUACAGCCACCCCUCGCUGAGCCGCCUCCAUUCCGCUCUCGGCCGUUGCUGUCCGCCCCGGGGGUGCUGCCCCUGUCCCGGUCUCUGCAGGCACUACCCUCCAGCUCCUCUCCACCCCCACCGCUGUUCCCAGACAACUGCAGGCGGCAGCCCCGCACCAUGCCCUCCAAGAGCUCCCCAAGGAACACCGCAGGCCGGAGGCUGUCGGUGCCACUGGGGCAGCGGGAGCACGCCUGGCUUGUGGCAGUGUCAGAGGGGCGCUGGGCUCGGGUGCGGGGACUCUUCCUGGAGGAGCCAGAGCUGGCCCUGCAGCGAGACUUCAUGUCAGGUUUCACUGUCCUGCACUGGUUGGCCAAGCACGGCGACGGGCCGGGCCUGCAGGAGCUGGCAGUGGCGGCACGGCAGGCGGGGCUGGCCCUGGACGUGGAUGCCCGCUCGGGCUGUGGCUACACUCCGCUGCACCUGGCUGCCAUCCACGGCCACCAGCUCGUCAUCAAGGUGCUGGUGCUGCAAUUGGGGUGCCAGGUGCAGAUACGGGACAGCAGCGGGCGUCAGCCCUGGGAGUACCUGGGCAGCUCUACCUCAGGGGAGAUCUGGCAGCUCCUGGAGGCACCUCGAGGGACAAUCAUGUUCCCCACGCAGCCCCUGGCCCACAGUGUGUCCUCUGACAGCAAGGUCUCGCUGUCUGCUGGCAGGGCAGCGCUUCCUGCCUGCCUCAGGCCACAGCACGGCCACCAAACCAGCGGCAAGAGUAACUGA